AUGCCAGAUAACAAAGAUUGGAAUCUUCAAGACCAGAUCCUGUGGGAAGGCCUGUGUAGAAAUGGCCACAUUGGAGACUACACUGCAGGCUGGCGUUUGGUAGUGAGCCAGGUUGUUUUAGUCAGGACAACUGUCAAGGGUGUGUUGAAGGAUGCAGGGGGCAUAAUUUCAACCAUAACCAAGGUCCACAAGGGUCAGGAGAACCAAAGCAAGCAGCCUAUGGAUGUCAAUAUAGAUGGCAGUGAGGAGCCAUUCCAGUCAGAUGCAACCACUGAUAUAACUCACAUGUUCUACGUGGCAAGGUCACUUGAACAAUGGUUCAUCUGCAGUGAUCAUGCUGGGGAUCCUCCUGCUGAGCUUACUUUUGCCCCUAUGCACUUUAUGGAUUCCUCUCCUCCUCCUCCUCCUCCUCCUCCUCCUCCUGCCUCUGCCCCUUCCCAUGUUCCAGCUCGAUAUGGUACUGCCAAUGAGGCUAUAGUAGAUGAAAAGCUGCUACGUGUCUAUAAGGGUUUGGCUGCAUAUGUUAGGCAAAUGAAUUCCUUGAAGGGGUAUGUAUCAACUCUCAAGAACACCUUCUCUGCCCCCAAGUAG